AUGCAGCAGCAGAUGCAGCUGAUGGAUGCUGCAGCAGCAGCAGAUGCUACAGCAAGGGAGGUAGUGCAGCAGCAGCAGAAACAGCAACAGCAGCACCAAACCCAAUGGGUAGCAGCAGUCGCUGCUCACCUGCAGCAGCAGCAGCAGCAGCAGCAGCAGCAGCAGCAGCAGCAGCAGGAGAAGGGGAUGCAGCAGCAGAUGCAACUGAUGGAUGCUACAGCAGCAGCAGAUGCUACAGCAAGGGAGCAGCAAAAGCAGCAGCAGCAGCAACAGCAACAGCAGCAACAACACCAGCAUCGGCAACACCAGCACGAGCAGCAGCAACAACAGCACCAGCAGCAGCAACACCAGCACCAGCAGCAGCAACACCAGCACCAGCAGCAGCAACACCAGCACCAGCAGCAGCAACACCAGCACCAGCAGCAUAAACACCAGCCCCAGCAGCAGCAACAACAGCCCCAGCAACAGCAACAGCAACAGCAGCAACAACAGCCCCAGCAGCAGCAACAGCAGCAGCAGCAGCAGCAGCAGCAGCAGCAGCAGCAGCAGCAGCAGCAGCAGCCCCAGCAGCAGCAACACCAGCACCAGCAGAAGCAACACCAGCACCAGCAGCAGCAACACCAGCACGAGCAGCAGCAACAACAGCACCAGCAGCAGCAACACCAGCACCAGCAGCAGCAACAACAGCACCAGCAGCAGCAACACCAGCACCAGCAGCAGCAACACCAGCACCAGCAGCAACACCAGCACCAGCAGCAGCAACACCAGCACCAGCAGCAGCAACAGCAGCAGCAGCAAAAGCAACAGCAGCAGCAGCAGCAGCAGCAGCAGCAGCAGCAGGAGCAGCAGUACAGUGAGGGGGUUGUCUUGUCCGUAUUUAGAGGAGCCUAG